AUGGACGUGGACAUGGAAAUGGACGUGGACAUGGACGUGGACAUGGACGUGGACGUGGACGUGGACAUGGACGUGGACGUGGACAUGGACAUGGACGUGGACAUGGACGUGGACGUGGACGUGGACAUGGACGUGGACAUGGACGUGGACGUGGUCGUGGACAUGGACGUGGACGUGGACAUGGACGUGGACGUGGACAUGGACAUGGUCGUGGACAUGGAUAUGGACGUGGACAUGGACGUGGACGUGGACAUGGACGUGGACAUGGACAUGGACGUGGACGUGGACGUGGACAUGGACGUGGACAUGGACGUGGACGUGGACGUGGACGUGGACAUGGACAUGGACGUGGACGUGGACCUGGACGUGGACGUGGACAUGGACGUGGACGUGGACGUGGACAUGGACGUGGACAUGGACGUGGACGUGGACAUGGACGUGGACGUGGACGUGGACGUGGACGUGGACGUGGACGUGGACAUGGACGUGGACGUAGACGUGGACGUGGACGUGGACGUGGACGUGGACAUGGACGUGGACGUGGACAUGGACGUUGACAUGGACGUAGACGUGGACGUGGACGUGGACAUGGACAUGGACGUGGACGUGGACGUGGACGUGGACAUGGACGUGGACGUAGACGUGGACGUGGACGUGGACGUGGACGUGGACGUGGACGUGGACGUGGACAUGGACGUGGACGUGGACGUGGACAUGGACACGUGGACGGGGACAUGUACGUGGGACGUGGACGUGGACGUGGACAUGGACGUGGACGUGGACGUGGACGUAGAAACGGACCUGGACGUGGACGUGGACAUGGACGUGGACGUGGACGUGGACGUGGACGUGGACAUGGACGUGGACUUGGACGUGGACGUGGACGUGGACAUGGACGUGGACGUGGACGUGGACGUGGAAAUGGAUGUGGACAUGGACGUGGACGUGGACGUGGACGUGGACAUGGACGUGGACGUGGACGUGGACAUGGACGUGGACAUGGACGUGGACGUGGACGUGGACAUGGACGUAGACGUGGACGUGGACGUGGACGUGGACGUGGACGUGGACGUGGACAUGGACGUGGACGUGGACGUGGACGUGGACAUGGACGUAGACGUGGACGUGGACGUGGACGUGGACAUGGACGUGGACGUGGACGUGGACGUGGACAUGGACGUGGACGUAGACGUGGACGUGGACGUGGACGUGACGUGGACGUGGACGUGA